UCAUCCCUCUGAGAUCUGGUGCUGAAAACUUUCCUGUUGGGACCAAAACACUUCCUUGCCUUCUCUUCCUGACCAGAUCCAGCCACCUGCAGGACCAGCAGGGGAUUGCAGAAUCUCUUUUUCACUUCCUCUUCCCUCCCCCGCUGGCUAAUUUGGACGCUUCUCCAGAGUAAGCAAAAUUGGGGCUGGAAUUUCGUCACUCCUGAGUGAUUCGCCUUCCAAGGAACCCCCAUCUGCCUGUAUAAAGAGAAGAAGGGGAAACUCAUGGAGCUCAUUCUGGAGCAACCGAGAGCUUGGACCUUGACUGCUUCUGCACCCUCAGCUUUGAGCAACAAGCCUCCUCUUCCAUUCCACGAGCAAAAAUGAAGAGCUUCAUUGCUGCCUUUGCUUUCCUGCUGACCAUCACUACCCUCCUCUUCUCCCAGGCUCAGUCUCAUUUAGACUCAGGCUACUGCUGUAAGAAAUACGUUAUGAAACCCAUACCACGCAGACUCCUGGAGUCCUAUGACUAUGCAAGUAGCAAGUGCUCUCUGCCAGCUGUUGUAUUUACCACGAAAGCGAAUAGGCGGCAGUGUGCAGACCCCAGUGCCGCAUGGACCCAGGAACGUAUCCAAAGUCUCUCCCAAACAUCGACAACACCCAGCAAGAAAUGAGAAAACCAAGUGCCCGAAAGCCUUGCCGCGUGCGGAACAUGCACAGCCACCCACACCCACUCUUGUGACAGUUGCACUUUAACAUAAUGUAUUUUAUUUAAUUUAUGUCAGCAUAUUUUAAGCAGUUGUGUGUUUUUGUAUUAUUGUUUUCCACAAGGGAAGUGAGAUAGCCCAGAGGUUCUUUCUGUAAAGCACCACAAAGACCUUUCAUGUGAAUAAAUAUCAGGGCAAAAAUGAAA